CGGAAGUUGAGAGGAGGCUUGGAAGCACCAGGACCAAGCCAGUGAUGUUGUGUAACGGCACGUUUUCUGCAUCAUUAUGCCUGUAGAAGGUACAGAGGACCAGGCGUCCUCCUCUCUCUCCAGCCCGGCUAGUGCUGCUCUUACCCCGGGAGGGACAGAGGAGGAUGGAGCUACUGGGGGCUCAGCAGUCUGUACUUUCCCUCAAAACAGCCAGGGCUCUGAGGCUGCAGCAGUCUAUCCGGCCAACACCGGACCUGGGGAGAGCAGCAGUGCUGGCAAGAGGUCUGGAGCCUUGCUGCACAUCAACAGACAGCGCAUCCAAGCAGCGUCUGCCAGUUCUGGAGCUGAUGAACUGCAAGGCCUUGGUGUGGCCGUGUACGACCAGGAUGUCCUGGAGCAAGGGGUUCUGCAGCAAGUGGACGAGGCCAUCCAGGAGGCCAGUCAGGCGGCUGCUAAAGUUGAGGCUGAGAAGGAGUACGAGUCUGUGCUGGAUGAUCUCAGGUCCGUUACAGCGUCUCUAAAACAUAUCAACAAGAUUAUUGAGCAGCUGUCCCCUUACGCAGCCUCCAGCAAAGACAUCAGUAGGAAGAUUGAAUCUGUCAAACGUCAGAAAGAAAAUAAGGAGAAACAGCUAAAGAAAGUUAGAGCCAAACAGAAGCGUCUUCAGGCCAUUCUGGGAGGAGAGGACACUCUGAGGGUGGAAGCUGAGCUUCUGGCAGAGGAUGACGAAGAGGAAGAAGCCGGGCCGUCCACACUGGGCAGCAUGCUCAUGCCAGCCCAAGAGACAGAAUGGGAGGAGCUUAUCAGGAAAGGUCACAUGACUCCAUUUGGAACCCGAAUCCAGCAGGAAGUAAAGAAGGAGCCUCGGAAAUUGAUGCUUGCCGAGAACUCUGCUUUUGACGAGUACUUGGCCGACCAAGCCAAGUUGGCUACAGAGAGGAAGAGGGCCCCUCUUCUGAAGAAGAAGAGGGGCUCGGGAUUCAGCCCUGAUAAGAAGUCCAAGGGGGGAAUAAAACGAAACUCUUCCUCUUCCAAGGAUAAAAAACUGAAGAAGCGUAUGCGAAAGCUGCAGAUCACUGCUCUGAAGGCCCAUCCUAAAGCUCGGCCCAAGACUGAGCCACAGCCGCCGAAGCUAAAGAGACGACGUCACACUGAAGCCGAAGAGACAGACAGCGAGGGGUCAGUGUACCUGCCCAGUGAUGAGGGAAUAGAUCCUGACCAAGAGGAGAGAGAAGCAAUGGAAGAGGGCUUCGGGGAGGAUGAUGAUGAUGAGGAGUAUGAGUUAAAAGCGUACAAGAGAAAAAUUGAAGGUAGAGGAAGGAAGAAUGUCAAGAAAAAAGACAGUGAGGAUGAAUAUUCUCCCGAGAGUUCGGAGGAAGAGGACGAUGUUAAGGCAAAAGACAAGAAAAACAAAGACGAUGGAGAUCUGGAGUUCUACAGGCGACGAAUAAGGACGUGGAAGCGGCAGCGUCUUCUAGAAAGGGAGGAGAAGAGGGAAAGGGGCGAAGAGCUCACAGACGACAGCGAUGCAGAGUUUGAUGAAGGCUUCAAAGUUCCUGGUUUCAUCUGGAAAAAACUCUACAAAUACCAGCAGACGGGCGUGCGGUGGAUGUGGGAACUCCACUGUCAGCAGGCAGGUGGCAUCCUGGGAGAUGAGAUGGGACUGGGUAAAACCAUCCAGGUCAUCUGCUUUCUGGCUGGACUGAGCUACAGCAAACUGAGGACAAGAGGGUGCAACUACAGGUACGCUGGCCUGGGUCCGACCGUCAUUGUGUGUCCAGCUACAGUCAUGCACCAGUGGGUGAAGGAGUUUCACACCUGGUGGCCUCCUUUUAGAGUGGCAGUUCUGCAUGAAACUGGCUCCUUCACCAGCAACAAGGAAAAGCUUAUUCCAGAAAUAGCAGCCUGUCAUGGUAUCCUGAUCACCUCAUACUCAGCUGUGAGGCAAAUGCAGGACUCCCUACAGCGCUACAACUGGCACUAUAUUAUUCUGGAUGAGGGCCAUAAGAUUAGGAAUCCAAAUGCUGGAGUUACUACAGCGUGCAAACAGUUUCGCACUCCUCACAGGUUCAUCCUGUCAGGCUCUCCUAUGCAGAACAAUUUGAAGGAGCUGUGGUCUCUUUUCGACUUUGUCUUCCCCGGAAAACUGGGGACAUUGCCUGUUUUCAUGGAGCAGUUCUCUGUGCCAAUUACCAUGGGAGGAUACAGCAACGCCUCACCUGUACAGGUCCAGACAGCGUUUAAGUGUGCGUGUGUGCUGAGGGACACCAUAAAUCCUUACCUGCUCAGAAGAAUGAAGGCAGACGUCAAGGCCAACCUCUCCCUGCCUGACAAAAAUGAACAGGUUCUGUUUUGCAGAUUAACAGAAGAUCAGCGGCAGGUGUAUCAGAGCUUCUUAGAUUCCAAAGAGGUCUACCAAAUACUAAACGGGGACAUGCAGGUUUUCUCGGGUUUGAUAGCGCUGCGUAAAAUCUGUAACCACCCGGACCUUUUCUCAGGCGGGCCCCGGAUGCUUAGAGGAAUCCCAGAGGACCAGCUGACUGAAGAGGAACAUUUCGGGUUUUGGAAACGGUCAGGGAAGCUGAUAGUGGUGGAGUCACUGCUGCGUCUCUGGUUCAAACAGGGCCACAGGGUCCUGCUCUUCACUCAGUCUAGACAGAUGCUGGACAUCUUCGAGGUGUUUGUGAGAGAGAAAAACUACUCAUACCUGAAAAUGGAUGGCACAACCCCGAUAGCUUCGCGGCAGCCGCUCAUUGCUCGCUACAAUGAGGACAAAUCCAUUUUUAUCUUCUUGUUGACCACUAAAGUCGGAGGUCUGGGAGUCAAUCUGACUGGAGCCAACCGAGUCAUCAUUUACGAUCCAGACUGGAACCCCAGUACUGACACUCAGGCUCGGGAACGUGCAUGGAGGAUCGGUCAGAAGCAGCAAGUGACAAUCUAUAGGCUGCUUACUGCAGGGACCAUCGAAGAGAAAAUCUACCACAGGCAAAUCUUCAAACAGUUUCUCACCAAUCGCGUUCUCAAGGAUCCCAAACAGAGACGGUUCUUCAAGUCUAAUGAUAUCUAUGAGCUCUUUACUUUGUCUAAUCCUGAUGGGGAUCAGGGAACAGAGACCAGUGCCAUAUUUGCAGGUACAGGCUCUGAUGUCAAAGCACCUAAAAAACCUGAAAGGCCAAGGUCGGCACACAUGGUAAACAAUGGUAGACAUACACAUAAACGCUCCUCAAUAAACUGCGGUGAAACGGGUACCGACAACAGACACUCCCUAACAGACAUUCCUCCCGUAGGGGAUGGAAACACCUCUCCAUGCAGUAAAAUCUCUCAGGAUAAAUCCAAUGUCCCCGUGGACAUUGAAAGCACCAACCAAAAUAAUGUAAAUCUAGUGCCAAAUAUUUCACCAAAUGUACAGCGUACAGGACAAAAUAAUAAAGACUGGGAUCCAGCCAAGCCAGCAGUGAAAAACUCAACCGACCAUCACCAGCACCGAGAUCAAGACUCUACCCUGAGUAGCCCACAGAAACACAGGGAGAAGAGAAAGCACUGUGACUCCGCUGACCAGGACAAGCAUAAGAAACGCAAACACUCCAGGGACGUUCGAUUUGAAGGCCGCCGUAUUUCUCAUUUGGUGAAGAAAAGGACCUAUAAGAAGGCAGAGGAUGACGACAAUGCUACAGAGGAUGGGAAAAAAUCUGAUGAUUACGUCUUGGCAAAGCUCUUCAAGAAGUCUGGAAUCCACAGUGUGAUGCAGCAUGACACCAUCAUGGAGUCCUCCAACCCUGACUAUGUUCUCGUGGAGGCAGAGGCCAACAGGGUGGCUAAAGAUGCCCUCAAAGCUCUUAAGGUUUCUCGACAGCAGUGCAGACUCCCCUUCAAUAGACCUCCUCCUACACCUGCUAAGAAACGUUUUGGACAAAAGAAGAAUUCUCUCUUAGUUGAGCAAUCAGUUCAGUCUGCCCCCACUCCAAGCAAAUGCAAGGACGCUGCCGUCAUAAAGAAGUCUGUGCCAAAGAAACCUGGUUCAGGAGCUCUUUUUAGUGGGGAGGGGCCAGAAAGUGACUCCGCCCCACUCUCCUCCUCCUCUCUGCUGGCUAAGAUGAGAGCCCGUAACCACCUCAACACGCCCUCCAGCCAGAGAGAGGAAGUAGAAGAGGAGGAGGAGGAGGACGGCUCUGGAGCUCCAGGAACAAGCCUCCCUCCUGUUCCGCCCACUGAGCAUGACGACCUGCUGGUGGACCUGCGCAACUUCGUCGCCUUCCAGGCAAACGUGGACGGGCAGGCCACCACCCAGGAGGUCCUGGAGUAUUUCAAACCACGGCUGACCAAGGAACAGACGCCCGUCUUUAGGGAGCUACUCAGGAGCAUCUGUGACUUUCAUAGGACCUCUGGCCAGGAGGGAAUCUGGAGACUGAAGGAGAGCUUUCGCUGAGUGAAAGACAGUCACCUGUGAAUCAUAUUUGAAUGUGUCUGUCAAUAUCUUUUUUUUUUGUUUUGUUUAUUUGUUACUUAUUGUCUGUCAAAAUGAGAUCUCCAAAAUGCAUUAGAUCAAAUGUUACAGUUUCUAAUGGAAGGGCCAAAUAAUACUAAAGCCAUUUUGUGGUACAAUAGCGAGUUCGCUGAUAAAGCCACACAGUUAUCACUUAAUUCACACUUGAAAGGUUGAUCUCUUCCACUCUCUCGUUUAUUUAAGCUGUAAUAUAAAUUGGUUUUGAGUUUUGUGCUUUACAUUGUUCAAGCGUGAUCGCAUUUGCUUCCGUCUCUGUUCAAUGUUUUUUCUACCUGGUCAUACUUGAAUUUAUUUGUUUUUCUUAACUGAAGGUUCCAUUGGAAGGAUUAAACUAUAUUAACUCCACUAAAUACAUGCUGAGAUAUGUGCCGUUUGCUUUCAAACACGACCUCACAUUUUAUAACAUCCAUUCAUGUGUCAAUUUGUUAGUCAGAGCAUCCUAUAGGAUUUGGUAGAUUUUGUAAUGACUGACUUUCCUGUACUGUAGGGGUAAGAGUAAAUUGAAAUGGGGAAAAAAAUGUCAAUUAGCUGCCAGAAUUUCAUAUAUGUAUAUAAAAAAAUAAAUAUGUUGAAUUGUCUUGCA